CAGUGAACACACAAUAAACAAACAAAAUCGCAAACAAAAUAUUUUUCGGUGAAAAUUUUCACUUCACGGCAGCAUUAUUCAUCUUCAGCUUUUAUGAUCGCAUUGCAAUAAAUAGCAUUAAAAUAAUUUUAAGGUUUAAAGUAAAAGAAGCGCAAGAGUGAUUGUGCCCGCAAGCCACCAUUAUCAAGUUUAUCCAAGUAUCCAACGAAUCGGUUGAAUUUACUCGGGUAUUUCGGUGCAGGAGUGUUUGUGUCCGACGAAAACAAGUGACAUUACCGCCCAGUAUAAUAAUAACUACAAUCUAGUAGAAAAACAGCACAUUAGUGAAGCAACCAAUUGCCAGGAAGGCUUGAUAUUUUUGAGUGAUUUUUUUUCUUGACAAAAGAGAAGAAACCGGAGGCUCGAAUCGCAAAAUGCCUCCAUCGCGGUUGGAUGGACUGUACAGGUCCCUGCUGCUGACCAAGUUCUUCUGCAAAGGCUGGGGCAAACCGGAGAAUCUCGAAAGACUGUUCGACUUCCGCAAAAUCAUCUCGAAUCGUGCGGCCUGCUCGAAGCUCGUCCCGCGGGACUACCCGGUGGAGAUCACCAAGGAGGAGCUAACGUCCGACUGUAAGAUUCUGGAGGGCAAAUUCAAAACGCCGCUGGAAAUCUAUCUGCCCGGCCUGGUACCGGAUGUCGUGCAGAACGCACACUUUCAGAUUCUGCUUCCGCUGAAGUGGAACGACGAACGCUUCAAACCGAUGUGCAUCCAUCUGGCCGGAACGGGUGAUCAUUACUACUGGAAGCGACGCAAUUUGAUUGCAAAGCCUCUGCUAAAGGAAGCAAAUCUGGGCGCGAUCAUUUUGGAGAAUCCCUUCUACGGAAUGCGCAAACCGAAGGACCAAAGUGCCUCCAGUCUGCACAAUGUAUCGGAUAUCUUCGUAAUGGGUGGCUGCCUGAUGCUGGAAUCGUUGGUUCUGCUAAACUGGUGCGAACGGAACGGUUACGGCCCGUUGGGUAUCACCGGUUUGUCGAUGGGCGGUCACAUGGCCUCGCUGGCGGCCACGAAUUGGCCCAAACCAUUGGUGCUAGUGCCGUGUCUCAGCUGGUCCACGGCUUCAGCAGUAUUCACCGAAGGCGUUAUGAGCCAUUCGAUCAACUGGGACGUCCUGGAAACGCAGUAUUUCGCCGACGGAAACUUCCGAGAGCGUCUGUCCAAGAUGGUUACGGUAGUGGACGAUGCCUUCGUUGCCGGUCAGCAUUUUGUGCAAAACUUUUCGCAAUCCGUGCAGGAACUCAAGCAGGACAUUUGCGAGACUAAUAAACUAGACUCGGACGACCAUCUGAACGAUGUAAACUUAACGGUAAUCCGCGAAACUACCCCCGAGCGGGAACAGAAGCGCAUUCACAUCAACCGACAGAACGUUCUUAACCUUUCUCAACCAUUACUGAACAAACUUCUGUCAAACAUCAAGUGUGAACUCACGCAGGAUGAGAUCGAUGAGUUGAACCUAAAAAUCAAGCUGGCGCUCAAAAGGUACAAGGAAGAGAACGAGACUGAUAGUAACGAGCUGAUUUUGGAGGUCAAGGCGGAGGAAGUACCGGAGGCAGCUCCAUCGAAAUCGUUGGGUGCAAAGAUUAUGGAAUACAUCAGCUGGGGAAGCAACAGCACGAGCACGGAAGUCGUACCGGCCACCGAGAAGCGGGAACCGAUCGACACGACCAAAACUCGCUGGUGGGAACGUGAGGCUCUGCAGUUCAUGCGUGGCAUGAUGGACGAAUGUACCCAUUUGAAGAACUUCACCGUUCCGUACGACACUUCUCUGAUCAUAGCCGUUUGCGCCAAAGAUGACGCAUACAUUCCACGCGAGGGUUGCUCCAGCCUGGAAGACAUUUGGCCCGGCGCUGAGGUACGCUAUCUGGACGCCGGACACGUCAGCGCCUACGUUCUGCAUCAAAAGCUAUUCCGAUCGUGCAUCGCUGAGGCGUUUGAACGGGCUCGCAAGAAAUGGAUUCCGGAGCACGAACGCCUUCAGGAAGUCCCCAAAUAAAUAGCUCUUAACUAGACGGAACUCCCAUUUGGCACAGGGAGUGAAAGGCUGUGAAAAAAAACCUUUUACAUUUAAACCAACCAAAAAAAUUGCAAAACUCGAAAAAUCUCAAGCCAUUCCCAGCGCGGAUGGGCAACCCAAGCUGUGUGUGGGAUGCGGCAUUUGAUUCCUGCCGUGGAAAAGAAUGCACUUGACACAGAAAAAAAUCGCCGAAACUGUAACUGCAUCAGAGAAUAAACUGAUCAUCACCUUCAUCAUCUAGCUUGUAGAUCGGAAUGGAGAGACACAAUUUGCUCACUGGAGGAAAGCUAAUGCACACAGUAGAUAGAAGGACGCUUUACGUUUACUUCCACCGGGGAAGUAGACUGAAGAAGCAACGAGAAAAGGAAUAUCGAGCGCAGCACGUUUCGCUUCUUCAACAUUUAGUCAGUAUUCAGUUAAGAAAUUUAAAAAAAAAAUACGCUGCGAAUAAAUUUAGUGUUAAACACUCUCACGUACUAUCACAAAAUAUACACAGAAAAACAUUCUCGUUAGAAAUAAAAAUUGAC